AUGGCUUCAGCAUCUCACUCGUCAUUAUCAGCAACAGAAAUCAAACAUCAUUGUCUUCCAAAUAAUAAUGACUUUCACCGUUUACUUCAAUCUGGUUUGAUCGAUGAAAUGGUUGCAUUUCUUGGAGAACAUGAACAUCGGAAAGGACACAAUUAUCGAAUCAAUAAAAUUCGUCUUCAUUCUUCCGAUGAGGAUGACGAUGACGAAGACGAAGACGAGUCAUCUACAAAAAAGUUUAAACCAAACACACUUCUACAAUGUGAUUCUGCAACACAGACUCAAUCUGAUACAACAUGA